UCAUUCAAAUCCUUUGAUGAAACUUUAAACUAAGCUGUUAGCCCAUAUUACUGAUUCCCCUAAGAGAAGAUAAUGCUGCUGACCCUUGCUAUCAAAGCUUAGAGAUCUUAAAAUGUCCUUUAGAGACAUUUUAUCAAAAUCGUGGACUUCACAAUGAAAUCAUUUAUUAAAUUGAAACCUGCCUCAGUUUGAGACGAUUGUGUGACGUCCUAUUCGUCAUUGAAACAUUUGGUAGUGAAUGCGAUUUCUUCAGCCCUUAUUCGUCAUGAAUUGACGCCUUUGCUCACUUGCUUCUUGGGAACAAUCAAAUUUAUUGCCGUGACGGACCGCCUAAUGGCUCUAUGUGUUAUGUUGCAAACGGGGAUUCGACUAGAAGUCACACGAAGUCCAAAUAUAAUCAUCGCAGAGAUGAAACAGUCAAGUUGGCAGAAACCACUUCUCUUCGUUACGGCUUCGCUGCUCUUGCCAAUCUUCUACGGCCAUACGCUAAUGACGUCUCUGCAACAGUUUUGGACAGUUAUUGGCAUUGCUGCGGAGUCUAAAUGGAUAACAUUUCUUCAACUGGUUGGAACGGACGACUGGAAUUUGUACGUCUGGGGUAUUGUGCUGUCUAUCCAAAUUCCAUUUUGGAGUGUCGGCAUCUUGUUCGCUUUUCUGGACUACUACAACUGGCCCAAAUGGAUUAUGAGAUACAAAAUUCAGCCAGGUACCAACGAGCCAGUCGACUUAAAUAAACUUACCGAGACCAUCAGAGUAGUACUAGUCAAUCAGUGGGUCAUCGCUUUUCCACUGCUCAUCGCCACCUACUAUUUCCAGAAAAUGAUUCACCGAAUGCCAGAAAUUCAAGAGCUGCCAACCGUCGAGCGCACGUUAUUUGAUUUUUUGGUCUUGUUCCUUUUUGAAGAGGUCGGAGUUUAUUAUGUGCACAGACUGAUCCACCAUCCCAAACUGUACAUCCGAGUACACAAGAAACAUCACGAAUGGCGCGCACCCGUCGCGAUAGCCUCCAUGUAUUGCACCGGCACGGAAUAUUUCUUGCUCUUGAGUGCAGCAGCUGUGGGUCCGCUCCUAAUGAACCCUCACAUACUCACUUUGUGGGUGUGGUACGCUUUUGUUCACCUGAGGAGCGUGAACGAACACACGGGCUACGAGUUCCCGUGGUUACCAACUGCCGAACAUCACAACUACCACCACAUAAUCAACAAUGCCUGUUACAGUCAUUCCUAUUUCCUAGACUGGCUCCAUGGAACGGAUAAAGGUUUCCGAUCCUACAUGUCACGCAAAAAAGCUCUGAAUAAUUCUACUGAACGUUUGGAAACUUCAAAUGCCAAUUGAAGUACCAUUUAAAACAUUUGGUGGCGUUUUCGAGCUUAAUGUUUCAUUGAAAUUGUUGCACAAAUGUCUGUGAGGUAAGGAUAAUGUCGGAGGGAAACAUUUUGUGAUAUUUGAUUUUGGGUACAGAACGUCAGCUCUGGUCAUAGCUAAUUUUGAUUUGUCUAUUCGAUUGCAAUAGGUUACGUGCGUGCGAUCUGUAUUCCUGUUUGUACCAUUUAGCCUACUUAAUCUUAUUACAUAAUACAAUUUUCUUUGUUUUUGGAAA